AUGUCUACAAAUGUCUAUGAACAAUUACCUUUAACUCCGCCUGUCUUAGAGCCUGAAAUAGAAUCAAGCCCCACAUUAACAACAUGGAAAGAAAAAUUACGAGAUUUGCGGUACCUUACCUUCCUAUUCGUUGGGAUUGGUCUUCUAUGGCCAUGGAAUUGUAUCCUUAGCGCAUCAUUAUAUUUCAAAACGAUAAUAUUCAAAGAAACCACCAUAUGGGCAAAAAUAUUCGCAAGUUCCAUGAUGACUACUUCAACGAUCUCUUCUAUGCUAUUUAACGUUUGGUUAGCAAGACGACAACAUAGUUAUUCUCGCCGUGUCGUCAGAGGCCUAGUAUGGGAAGUGAUAGCAUUUGUCCUGUUGACUAUAAUAUCAUUGAUUCAUAAUAUCCUACCAUUAUGGUUCAGUUUUAUAAAUAUCAUGCUAUUGGUAUCAAUUAGUUCAAUUGCCACUGCCAUGACUCAGAAUGGUAUUAUGGCCAUUGCGAACGUUUAUGGUGGUGAAUUUAGCCAAAGUGUGGUGAUGGGACAAGCGGUCGCUGGUGUUUUACCAUCUGUAGUACUUUUAUUUGUCGCCUUCGUCAGUCCCGACAAUGAUGGCUCUUCAUCGUCUACAGGAGGAAUACUUUUCUAUUUCCUAACCACAGCGAUCGUAUCCAUAAUUUGUAUUUGCUUAUACAAAGUAAGUAAUGUGGAUCAAAAGCUAGUACUAAUAGCAGAAGGGUCCCCAAAUUUAGAAAACAAAACGGAAAUCCCAUUCAAUGUCUUAUUUAAGAAACUUAAAUGGCUCGUAUGUUCAAUUUUCAUGACGUUCAUGGUAACAUUGAUAUUCCCCGUGUUUGCAUCAACCAUAUCUGUCACAAGACUGCCAAUAACCAAUUCACAAUAUAUCCCGCUUAUUUUUACUGUUUGGAAUUUAGGAGAUUUAUACGGUAGAGUGAUUGCUGAUCUGCCCACGUUUCGAGAUCCCAAUUUUACUCCUUUGAGAAUAUUCAUUUAUUCUAAUUUGCGUAUUAUUAUGGUGCCGAUUUUUUUCUAUUUUGCACAUUAUUACAAAGAUACAAAAUCAAGAACUAUCUUUUUCGAUAUGGGAUAUAUUCUUUUGCAAUUUAUAUUUGGAGUGACGAAUGGACAUGUCAUAUCGAUUAGUUUUAUGAAGGUUCCAGAAACUGUGGAUACUGAGGAGGAAAAGGAAGCAGCAGGCGGGUUUACAAAUAUAUUCGUCGCGACAGGAUUGGCUGCUGGUAGUAUAUUGAGUUAUAUGGUAGUAUUUAUGAUUUAA